AUGGGGUCAAUCAUUACACUCUUACAUAUACUAAUGGCCAUGAUCAAUUUGUACAUUGCCCAAGAAACUACUUGUAGUGUGCUUGGAGAGCCAGACUACCCAAAGCUAUGGAAGGAUGGUGAUAUCGUAGUUGGUGGAAUUUUCCCCUUCCAUAAAUGGCAGAUUAUGGAUGCAUCCUAUUUGGUCAAGCCACCUUCAAUAAAGUGUAUGAGUCUGGAAUUCAGAGCUUUCCAGUAUUCACAGUCCCUGAUAUUUGCAGUAGAGGAGAUCAACAACAGUUCAUUAUUACUGCCCGGAGUCUCACUGGGCUACAAGAUCUAUGAUUCCUGUGGUUCUUCAUCACUGGGGGUGAAAGUAGCAAUGACACUUGUGAAUGGAAAUGAGAACUCAGUGCAGAUCUGCACAAAGCCAGCACAAGUGCAAGCCAUAAUAGGAGAGACAUAUUCAUCAGUGUCCAUGGCUAUAUCAAAGAGUAUUGGACCUGUAGGCGUGCCCUUAAUCAGUUACUUUGCAACCUGUGAGUGUCUGAGUGACAAGAGAAAAUAUCCCUCAUUUCUGCGCACUAUUCCCAGUGAUUAUUACCAGACCUUAGCACUUGCAGAGAUGGUCAAGCACUUUGGCUGGACCUGGGUGGGAGCAAUAAGAAGGGAUGAUGACUAUGGUAACAGUGGAAUGGCUGCAUUUACUAAAAUUGCAGAGCAGCUUGGCAUAUGCUUAGAAUAUUCACUUCCAUUUUUUUUGUCCUACUCACAAGAAAAAAUUUUGAGAAUCGUUGAGCAAAUUAAAAGUUCCACUUCUCGAGUGAUAUUGGCAUUUGUUACUCGCUGGGACCUGGAGAUGUUGCUUCAAGUAUUUGCUGAACACAACAUCACUGGAUAUCAGUGGGUGGGAACUGAGGGAUGGAUCGCUGAUCCCCUGGCAGCCACAUUGGACAAGUACAAUAUAUUGCAAGGAGCCAUAGGGCUAGCUAUUCCCAAAACAAUGGUAACAGGUCUGAAGGACUUCAUUCUAGAUGUAAAACCACUGAAAUCAGUAGGCAGUGAUAUUUUUACAGAAUUCUGGGAGGCUUUGUUUACCUGUACAUAUAGAGGGCAGAAUAAUUCAGUGGGCAUGCCAAUGUGCACAGGUGAAGAGAAACUGUCUGAAGUGAAAAACACCUUCACUGACAUGUCCAUGAUGCCCAUUUUCAAUAAUGUAUAUAAAGGAGUUUAUGCCAUUGCUCAUACACUCCAUGAACUUCUUGGCUGCAAACAAACAUGUCCUACAAGGAAGCAGCCUGAUCCUUUCACUUUUCUAGAACACUUGAAAAAAGUGCGUUUCAAGACAAAAGAAGGUGAAGAUGUUUAUUUUGAUAAAAAUGGUGACCCUCCAGCAAAAUAUGAAAUAAUAAAUUGGCAAAAAAAUAAGGAACACCAAUAUGAAUUUGUCACUGUUGGAUUUUAUGACUCCUCUGUUCCUGCUCAGGAUCGAUUAGCAGUAAAUAUGGCAUUGAUCACGUGGGCACGAAAUACAAAUCAAGUGCCAAAAUCUGUAUGCAGUGAAAGCUGCCUCCCUGGAACAAGGAAAGCUGCGCAGAAAGGAAAGCCUAUUUGCUGUUUUGACUGCAUACAAUGUGCUGCUGGGGAGAUCAGUAACAUGUCAGAUUCCACUGAAUGUGAACAGUGCCAGCAAGAUUAUUGGUCAAAUGCUGAUAAGAAUAAAUGUGUAAUGAAGGAAGUUGAAUAUUUGUCCUACAAGGACACUAUGGGAAUGUUGCUAACAGUGGUUUCUGUUGUUGGUUCUUUUAUGACAAUAGUAAUAGCAAUCAUAUUCUUUAAAUAUAAAAAUACACCAAUUGUCAAAGCCAACAACGCUGAACUGAGCUUCCUGCUGCUCUUCUCUCUGACUCUGUGUUUCCUCUGUUCACUUACUUUCAUUGGACAGCCCUCUGAGUGGUCUUGUAUGCUGCGUCACACAGUGUUUGGGAUCACCUUCGUCCUUUGCAUCUCCUGUGUUCUGGGGAAAACAGUAGUGGUGUUAAUGGCUUUCAGAGCUACACGUCCAGGCAGCAAUGUAAUGAAAUGGUUUGGACUUCCACAGCAGAGACUAAGUGUUCUUGUCUUCACUCUCAUACAGGUCCUCAUUUGUGUGCUUUGGUUGACAAUAUCCCCUCCUUUCCCCUUCAAAAAUCUAAACCACUAUAAGGAAAAGAUCAUUCUUGAAUGCAGUUUGGGCUCAAACUUAGGUUUCUGGGCUGUGUUGGGCUACAUAGGAAUUUUAGCAGUAUUGUGUUUCAUUUUAGCUUUUCUGGCUAGGAAACUUCCAGAUAAUUUUAAUGAAGCCAAAUUCAUCACCUUCAGCAUGCUAAUGUUCUGUGCAGUAUGGAUCACUUUUAUUCCAGCUUAUGUCAGCUCUCCUGGAAAAUUCACUGUAGCUGUGGAGAUAUUUGCUAUUUUAGCAUCAAGCUUUGGUUUACUAUUCUGUAUCUUUCUUCCGAAGUGUUACAUAAUAAUUUUAAAGCCAGAGAAAAACACUAAAAAACAAAUAAUGGGAAAAGGUUUAUAA